CACCACCUCUGACCCCUGCCCUCUGCCCUUCCCGGGCCCAGGAGGCACCAUGUGGCUAUGUCCACUGGGGCUGCUGCUGUUGUCGCUGCUGCCUGCCAGCGAGGUGGCCCUGGGCAGCCGGCGGGGUCGUGGGCGCCGGGAGCUAGCACCGGGGCUGCACCUGCGGGGCAUCCGGGAUGCAGGCGGCCGGUACUGCCAGAAGCAGGACCUGUGCUGCCGCGGCCGCGCGGACGACUGCACCCUGCCCUACCUGGGCACUACCUGUUACUGUGACCUCUUCUGCAACCGCACCGUCUCCGACUGCUGCCCUGACUUCUGGGACUUCUGCCUCGGCGUGCCACCCCCUUUUCCCCCCAUCCAAGGAUGUGUGCAUGGAGAUCGUGUGUAUCCAACCUUGGGAACCUACUGGGACAACUGUAACCGUUGCACCUGCCUGGAGAAAGGACAGUGGGAGUGUGACCAGGAGCCAUGCCUGGUGGACCAAGACAUGAUCAAUGCCAUCAACCAGGGCAACUACGGGUGGCAGGCUGGGAACCACAGUGUCUUCUGGGGCAUGACCCUGGAUGCGGGCAUUCGACACCGCCUGGGCACCAUCCGCCCGUCUUCCUCUGUCAUGAACAUGAACGAGAUUCACACAGUGCUGGGCCCAGGGGAGGUAUUGCCUAUAGCCUUUGAAGCCUCCAAGAAGUGGCCCAACCUGAUCCAUGAUCCACUAGACCAAGGGGACUGUGCAGGCUCUUGGGCCUUCUCCACAGCAGCUGUGGCAUCUGAUCGCGUCUCAAUCCAUUCUCUGGGGCACAUGACACCCAUCCUGUCACCCCAGAACCUGCUGUCUUGUGACACUCACAACCAGAAGGGCUGCCGUGGUGGACGUCUCGAUGGUGCCUGGUGGUUCCUGCGACGUCGAGGGGUUGUAUCUGACCACUGCUACCCAUUCUCAGGCCAGGAGCGGGACAAGGUGGGCCCCGCACCCCGCUGCAUGAUGCACAGCCGGGCCAUGGGUCGGGGCAAGCGCCAGGCCACUUCACGCUGCCCCAACAGCCAUGUUCAUGGCAAUGACAUCUACCAGGUCACUCCUGUCUACCGCCUAGGUACCAAUGAAAAGGAGAUCAUGAAGGAGCUGAUGGAGAACGGCCCUGUCCAAGCGCUCAUGGAGGUGCACGAGGACUUUUUCCUGUACCAGAGCGGCAUAUACAGCCACACGCCAGUGAGCCAAGGGCGGCCAGAGCGAUACCGCAGGCAUGGGACCCACUCAGUCAAGAUCACAGGGUGGGGAGAGGAGACUCUGCCUGAUGGAAGGACGCUCAAAUACUGGACGGCAGCAAACUCUUGGGGCCCAGCCUGGGGCGAAAAAGGCCACUUCCGCAUUGUGCGCGGCACCAACGAGUGCGACAUUGAGAGCUUCGUGCUCGGCGCCUGGGGCCGCGUGGGCAUGGAGGACAUGGGGCAUCACUAA